CGUGUGGUAAGCCUCCAAUUUGGCAGGAACUAUCUUAGAUAUUGCCAAAGCACGCAUUCAAAACGGCACAUUAAUUUCUGUCAUCCUGGUACAGAAGAGGGGGUCAAGUGAUACGACAAAAAAAUAUGUCCACUUCUCGAAGGAUCUCAGAAGGCAGCGACGGAAGUUCCACCGAUAGCUCAACCGACCCAGCUUCUCAUGACUCGUCGACGCACGUAUAUCAUGAUACAAAACACCAACAGAAGUUCUCCGGGUUGGCGGACCAGAAGCAUGCCGCCGAGCAGCGAGAGGAAGAGAGACGAGAUGAAUCGCCGCCGGAAGAUCGUAGUUUCGUGUAUAGAAAACCAGGCGCGGGGAACUUGUUAACAGAGUUUCUGGAAAAGUAAGCGCGAUAUCUAUACUGGAUAUUUUUGAUUUUUGCUCUCUGCCAUUUCUGCGAAAGCGUGCCUUGAUAUAUUUAAUGAGUAUGAAAUGCUCGUUUGCUGAACUUUUUGCUCGCAAAUGAGAUUCAAGUGAUUCGCCUGAGUGCCGUUGGUACUUAUUCCGGAAAAACCAGGCAUCGCUUAUAGCGAAUGAUUUUUCAUUCCCACACCUAUCGAGAUUCGAUAUUUAACCGGGCUAUCACGGAAUACUGUCACUGCGACAGUGCUUGUUUGGUCUUUUAUACCACUAGUUAGAAGUCGGCAAAUGUGGGAUUUCAAUAUUUUGUGUAACCUUAGUCUUUAUUUGAUUGGGUCUUAUGAGAGGAAUUUCUGGGUUGCAGAGUAUAGAAACUUGAAGCAGUAUUCAAGUGUACACGCUCAGGUGAGAAAAUCGAAGAGUUGUUGCUCAAAUUGUUCAGUCUUAGUUGUAGCAUUUAGUUAUUAGAUGCCUCUCGCAGGAGCCAGAGGACACAAGGAUAGUUUGGCGCGGAGAGGAGCUUCCGAGGCCCCAAGAAUCCCUGAAGGCUCAUGUCAUGAAACAUUCUAUCAAUUCGGCGCUUGAACAGUAAAGAAUGUGAUGCCACAUAGAGGUAGCAGCUGCGCCCACAAUUGAAGCCGUGCAAUUUUGCC